GCUUGGCACAACAGUCAAACAUCACACAGUCUCUGGACAAUCUGUGUUGUCAUCUUUGCAGCUAUCGCAACCACAACAUUCUCAGCACUGUCACCUAAUUACUAUGAUUACUCGUGCCCUAACGCUUUGAGCACCAUCCGAAAAGUCGUGGAUGCUGCCGUACAGAAAGAACGCCGUAUGGGUGCAUCUUUACUGCGCUUGCACUUCCAUGAUUGCUUUGUUAAUGGUUGUGAUGGUUCAAUUCUUCUAGACCCCACAUCUACCAUUGAUAGCGAAAAGAAUGCAAACCCUAAUUUCCAAUCAGCUAGAGGAUUUGAAGUGGUGGAUGAGAUCAAGCAAGCAGUGGACGAAGCAUGUGGAAAACCAGUUGUUUCUUGCGCAGACAUAUUAGCUGUAGCCUCAAGAGACUCUGUCGUUGCGUUAGGCGGUCCAACUUGGAAGGUGAGACUUGGGAGAAGAGACUCAACCACAGCAAGCCGUGAUGAUGCAAAUGCUGACAUCCCAGCACCAUUUUUCAGCCUUUCUCAACUUAUUACCAACUUCCAGAACCAUGGUCUAGAUGAGAAGGACCUUGUUGUUCUUGCUGGAGCCCACACCAUUGGAUUUGCACGUUGUGUUACAUUUAGGGAUCAUAUCUACAAUGACUCUAACAUUAAUCUCUACUUUGCAAAAGCGCUUAAAUACAUUUGCCCAAAAAAUGGAGGUGACUUCAACCUUGCUCCUUUGGACCCAACUCCUGCACACUUUGAUGCAGCCUACUACGCUGAUUUGGUUCAAAAGAGAGGGAUUCUUCACUCUGAUCAGGAACUUUUCAACGGUGGUUCUACUGAUGCAUUGGUUAAAAAAUACAAGCACAAUACCGUAGCUUUCUACAAGGACUUUGCAAAGUCUAUUAUUAAGAUGGGAAAUAUGAAGCCCCUCACUGGGAAUCAAGGUGAAGUUCGUUUGAACUGCAGGAAAGUGAACUAA